CUUACAGGGAGCUUCUUUUGUUUCUCUGACAACUGAAUGACUUUAAAUCAGGAUUUACAGCAUGGAAAUAAGAUUUUUUGGAAGAAAGGAAGCGAGAAUAUGUAAAGUUUAGCAGAGCACAUAGAGGUCACAUGGAUGCAGAGACAUGUUGACCUUUGUGGAGGUUCCAGCCAAUGUGAGGCUGCUUUCAACCAGCAGAGAGCUCAGGAUACCCUUCUCAGAAGCAGUCAAGUACUGCAUUCUGGGAAUCUCCAUCCUUCUGCUCCUCGUGGCAGUGGGAAUCUUGAUCUGGCAGAUCUUCAGAUGCUUCUUUCAGACACACACUUCAUACUCCCAUCAGGACACAGUGAACAGUGAUCUGUUAUAUUCAGAGGAAAAACCAUCGACUGCAGAAAGCUACUCAGUUCCUACAAGCACUAAGGUGGAGGAUGUGAGUUCUGAAGCUCGCAGACUGAGUCGCUGUUUGUCCCAAGCAUCAUUUCCGGCAGAAUCCAGCCACGCAGAGGGCGACAUGCGAGAGCACAAAACCAUUAAGAAGGUUCAUGGCUCGCUGCGUUUCUCCGUCUACUACGAUCAGCUGCAGGCAUGUCUGGUGGUCACCGUGUUGCAGGUGGAGGGGCUGGUGGACAGCAGCCAGAUCUCAGGCCUGAAGCCGUUUGUGAAGAUACGCCUCAUGUUGGCUGGACCAAAAGGAACAGAAGUGGAAGGAUUAAAAGAACAGGAGGGUCAAACGACACCACCUGUGCUGUGGACAGUGAUGCAGGAGUGGCGCACCCGCGUUGUGAAAGGCAGCUGUAGCCCUUUAUAUGGAGACCAGUUUAGCUGCAUUCUGCAAGAGGACAAGGACCUGCUUCAUCGCAUCACCCUUAGGAUGGAGGUGAGGGAUUUUGAUAGGUUCUCCAGAAACACAGUGCUAGGAGAGAUCAGGGUUCCUCUGGGUCAGCUAAACAUCACCUACCCUCUGGAGCUACAAAAAGAUCUGCAGACACCCCAGAAGGAUCUCGUUGGAGAAGUACUGCUGUCAUUAAAGUAUCUUCCAACUUCUCAGAGGCUCGAGAUCGCCCUGUUGAAGGUCAGAACCGCCCUCACUGAGACAUCCUCUGCUGCAGUCCUGUAUGCCAGGAUCAGCAUUCAAUGCAAUCAGAGCAAGCUGAGGUACCAGAAGACCUCUGCUGUCCCCCGCUGCCCUGUGACUGUCUUCAAUGAGGUCCUCAUGUUCUCCCUGCCAGACUUUCCUCUGGAGCAGUCUAAAAUCUUAGUCUCAGUGUAUGAGACGCAGUCAACAGGGAGAUCGACCAAAUGUCUGCUUGGACAGCUUAGUGUAGGGAAGGACAGAAGCUCAGAAGAUGAGCAUUGGACCUUGAUGGUGCGCUCCAUCCGGCAGCCUGUAGCAAUGUGGCAUGGCCUGCUGCUUUAAGCUGCAGUUCAGAAACAUCUACAGAUGAACUUUACUGGUGUUGGACUCAGAUAACAUUCAGCUUCCAGCUGAGGCACUCGUGCAGCAGGCACCUGCUCAUCUAAUCAGUGGGAAUACUUUUCCAUCUCCAUAACUACACAUAUAUUUAGAUUUAUUGUAAUGAAAACACUCUAUAUCAUUUUUCCUGGGUGAUCUCAUUCACUGUCUCAACUUAUUUUUUAUCUGACAAUCUUCUUAUUAUUGAAAUUUCUGAGGAAUAUUUAAUCACUUUACACAUUUAACAACUUAGCAUUAAAUGUUUUUUUUUAUUUUCUCUAAAAUUGCAUGUAUUGUUUGUUUCAUGAAUUCAUGUAUUAGAUGCUUGUUAAAUACCACUACCUAUCUAACCACUGAAAAAAUGUGUUUAUUUGUUGAUAUGUUAAUAUACUUUACUGAUUACACUGCUUUGACAAAUAAAACUUUGCAUCACAUCUAGUAAAUUCAUUUCUAAAUACAGUACAUCAAAUAUUCAGUUUUGAAAUAUCUUGUAUAUAAACUAUUAGUAUUAGCAAAAUGAUUUAUCUGUAAACAGCUAGAAAUAAAUGUUAUGCAAACAAUAAAACUGCUGCAUUGUUUAAAAUUUAAAA